CCACGAAUAUGAAACGGGAAGUUGAGUUUAGAACUUUUAUUUUGACGUGAGUAUGUCACCCCAGUGUGCAUUGCGCGUACCUCCAAGCAUGAUGGGUAAAAUUAGUGUAAGAAGCAAGAAAAUGAUAACAAAGUUGUGAUAAACGUAUUGUUAUCAUCAUCAUCGUCAUCAUUAUAACCAUAUCGGGUCUACCAAACUAUCUUAUGUCAUGGCGUUUCCUCAGCCCAGACCCCAGGCUCCUCAGCUUCCCCAGUAUCUGCUCAGGACCAUAGACUGUCAGCAAGGAGCUGUCAGAGCUGUUCGCUUCAAUGCUGAUGGGAACUACCUGCUCUCUUGUGGCAGUGACAAAUCAAUCAAGCUGUGGAGCACGAGCCGAGGGACUCUGCUGAAGACAUACAGUGGCCAUGGAUACGAGGUUCUGGAUGCGGAUGGUUCCUAUGACAACAGUCAGAUUUGCUCCUGCAGCUCUGAUAAGACAGUGAUCCUGUGGGAUGUUGCCACAGGCCAGGUCACACGCAAACUCAGAGGUCACGCUGGGAAAGUCAACUGUGUCCAGUUCAAUGAGGAAGCAACCGUCAUCUUGUCUGGGUCCAUAGAUGGGACAGUUCGGUGCUGGGACACCAGGUCCAGGGGAUACAAGCCCAUCCAGAUUCUUGACGAAGCUCGGGACGGUGUCAGCAGCCUGAAGGUGGCACAACAUGAGCUGCUUACUGGGUCCGUGGAUGGCAGAGUGAGGCGCUACGACCUGAGAAUGGGCCAGCUGCAUACUGACUUCAUCAGCAGUCCAAUCACGUGUGUGUGUUUCAGUCACGAUGGUCAGUGCACUCUGAGCUCCAGUCUGGACUCAACAGUCAGGCUACUGGAUAAGAGCACGGGUGAAAUGCUCGGAGAGUACACAGGACAUACGAUGAAGGGCUACAAGCUGGACUGCUGCCUGUCCAGCAGAGACACCCACGUCCUGAGCUGCUCAGAGGACGGACAUGUCUACUGCUGGGACCUGGUGGAGGGCUCAUUGUCAUUGAAGCUACCAGUGGGAAAAGCUGUUGUCCAGUCGCUGUCCUUCCACCCCACAGAGACCUGCCUCCUCACAGCCAUGGAGGGACGUAUCCAGAUGUGGGGGGCAGAGCCAGAGGAGACACAGGAGGAUGCAGCAGCCACAUAGAGAGGGCGAAAGUAGGCAAAUGCUGCAUUUUCAAGCUGCCAAUAGCCGGGCAUAUGGUGGGUGAACAUCUGGACUUGGAUAAACAUUAUACUGUGAUCCAAAGAGACCCAGCUAAAAUGUUUGACUUACUCAUGUGUCAAACAAAUAACCUGGCGGUUUGGUGCUAUAUCAGUACAUACACACCAGCAACACCAGUGAAAUGUGUCAGUGUCUGUGGAUCCGGGUUAUUCUGAGCUCCAGUCACACAGACUUCUACUGGGAGCUGAAGGAGAGAAAAUAUUCAGUAAAAGUGUUUGUUUAAAAAGAUCUUUAUAGGUGAAUGUUUAGCUGACACAAAUAAAGACAAAAAAUGAUCCUGAGCUUAUCUGCCUUCAUGUCCUGUUGGAUUUAUUAGAGUUAGCUAAACAUUCAAAACUAAAUAUCGCUUGUGUGGACACAAGCACACCAUGGACUCUGUUUGUGUGCAAAACGUAUAUUUUUAUACAAAACCUUGAAUAAACAUUUUCUUCU